CUGGUGACACUUCCGGGUUCUGCGUAAACAUGUCCCCUUCCUCUCCUCGUAGUGUAGGUUGGUUAUGCAAACACAAUGAAGCUUUGCGCUUUAUGAAAACGUGCUUUCUGCUCCACAACAGAAGGAAAAUGUCCUUGAUGAAUUGAGCGGGCAAAACAAGAGAGGAAUACGGAGUUGUAGUGUUGUACCUUGUGGUGGCGCUGUCAAUGAAUUUGGCCAUAAAUGCAGUGAACUUUGAGGGUGAGGGAGAAAGUACCGUGCCUCACUGUUAGGGGGCAGCGUUGAACCCCAAACACACAACAGCCCGAGUCAGUGUUGUGUAUAUAAAUAAGGAGGAUGUCUUAUCCUUCACCCCAUGACCGCACCCGUAAAGACGACGAGGAUGACCCCGUUGAUCAGAUGAUAUCCCGUACUGGCUGUGCUGAGCUGCAUUAUGCUGUGCAGGAGUGCAUGGCUGAACAUCAGGACUGGAGAGCCUGCCAGAAGCAGGUUCAGAGCUUCAAAGACUGCAUGACAAAUUUCCAAAAUGCUCAGAAAGAACAGCGGAGAGCCCAAUCGCAGACCUCUAACAAGUCAACCAGUUGAACUCACAAAUCCAUGUGGUUUUGGGAUAAGUUCAAGAACUGUUUGUGAUACUUUUAAAGCAAAAGACUGUAAUAAAUGUCAUAAUAACCAAUGAAAAUAAACUUUGAAAUGUGA